UACAUUUCGUAAUAUAUUUCGUAAUAUAUUUCGUAAUAUAUUUCGUAAUAUAUUUCGUAAGAAAGCAUCACGGAGAAAACCAUAAAAAGACCAAGGAGGUGAGAACCUCCUUGCGCAGUUAUUGAUACGCUCGCGUGUUACUCGAGGAAGACAGAGAGACGAAGACCUACCGUCAAAAGAUGCCAGGAGAGAAACAACAGCAUGUCUUGGAAAUGCACCUGCUGGAGAAUGAAAGACGAGUCGCCUGGAAAUCCGACAGAUUGGAACAGAGUCGCUUGUUGCCUCGUCUUCAGAACAUAGACAAACGCCUUCUGGACAUAAACAACAAGGAGAAUUCGAGAAAACGGGUGCAACAGACGACACCAUUACAAGGAGGAUACACCCGGACGGCGUUGCCAAAGAAAUCGAACGAAAAGGAGGAAAAUGCAGCCAUAUCUAAAAUGUCUUCGACCUGGACGGGAGAUAUCCAAUACCCAGACGUGUUUCAAGACUCGCACGGCGUUACCCAAAAGCAAGGAGGUAUAAAACUCGACCCUGAUACUAAACCGUUUAAGAGUCGAGCAACCUCUUUACCGGAGCAUCCUUUCAUACAACGGACUUUGUACCAUAUUCCCGUGAGAUCUAAAGGGUCAAGUCGCUUAGAACCAAAAGACAAAGACGUUUCACCGCAUAUAAAGUUGCCCUCGAAAACUAAAAAGAAUCGCGAUCACAAACGUUCCUCAAAAUCUACCGACGAAGAAAGCAGCAAGGGACCGGUCAAACCCAGACUAGUCCGCCGCCCCAGGAUGGACGCGAAAGUUCUCGCAUCCCUCUUGAACGUGGACGAAUCUUCCGUUGAAAAACAGGACCAGGUUUUCCAGACAGCGAGACUAAAAGCUGAUGCGGCUCUCAGAGUACUCGCAGACGACACUCAAGAAAAUGCAGGAGAGAACGAACAGAAGAACAAGAAGACUUCGGCUAAGAUCCAGCGUAGAGCGAGCGUAGCGUCCAUGCAUAUGUCAAGUGACUUGUUAAAAGUCGGCUUUCCUGCUUUGAAGGCUGUAAAACAAACGUGGCCCAACACCAAACAGUUACCGGCCAGCUCCAGUUCUUUCUCUCGGGUCCGGAGAAGCUCCCUACCGUCUCUUUCCACCACGAACCACGGUAAGUUUUUGGCGCCGGGUUCAACUGCCACGAGAAGGGCGAGCAUCGGGUCGACAAACUUUAGAACCUCGUCUUUGGACAAGCUCGAAAACGUGAUCGAAGAAAACGAGGAGAACUUACAUAACUCUGAACGGGACGAUACCAUAAGCAACUUGAUACAAAGUGUUCUGCCGUUAUCACGACGGAAGAAGCAACUAUAUGGACAACAGUAGGGCCUAGGAACGAAUGUUGUGUUUACGGUUACACUCCUGAAAAAAAUUAGGGUCGGGGAUUCCUCGUUUAAUUUUUUUCUUUCUUUUAUUAGAUUAGAUGAAGCCUUAGACAUACAAUGUUACAAAAACUUUCGUACAUCGGUUGAGUAAUGUUGUGUAACGGUUGUGUAAUGGUUAUGUCACAGUUCUCGUGAAGAACACGAAACAAUUGUGUAACAGUUGUUUGCCAGUUGUGUAACACUAGGGUCAGUAUGUUGAUAUUCUAUUUUGUUUUGUUUUGUUUUAUUAGAUUAGAUUGAACCUAAGACAUACGAUGCCAGAAGAAUAUUCGUGUAACGGUUGAGUAACAGUUGUGUUGCAGUUGUGUAAC